GUGUAUUGCAUGUGUUAAGCAGAUACUGCAAAGUUAGAAGAAACUGCCAAGCAUUAAAAUUCAUAUAAACCUGGUCAGGAAAAUGGCAUCCUGGUUAUAUGAGUGUCUUUGUGAGGCUGAGCUUGCACAGUAUUAUCCUCAUUUUACUGCGCUUGGCCUUCAAAAAAUAGAUGAAUUAGCCAAGGUUACAAUGAAGGACUACUCCAGAUUGGGAGUCCAUGACAUGAACGACCGCAAACGUCUUUUCCAACUUAUCAAAAUCAUUAAGAUUAUGCAGGAGGAAGAUAAAGCCCUCAGUAGCCCAGAGCAUCCUCUUCAGGCAAGCAGCCUGCCCACCAAGCCUCAGGAAUUCAGAUCUGGGCCCCGAAGACAACUGCAUUUUGACUCUCCUUCUGCCAGCAAAGACAAAAUGGCCAACAAUGAAACAGGCAGUUUAUCCAACUUCUCUGUAGAUGAGCAGCAGUCCACUUACCUGAAAGUGCUGGAACACAUGCUACCAGAUGAUUCCCAGUACCAGACAAAAAUAAGAGCCCCGGAUGCCUCUGCUGCUGAUGCUUAUAUGCAAACUGAAACCAAUACUCCGCUCUUUUCAUCAAAUUACUUUUCUCCACAACUGGGAAAUUGUGAUAUUCCCGUUAUUCAAAGAGUCUCUCAUGUGUCAGGGUAUAACUAUGGAAUUCCUCAUUCUUGUGUCAGGCAGAUCACCUCAGAGAAUCCUUGGACUGAAAUGGAGAAAAUCAGAGUUUGUGUUCGAAAACGGCCUUUAGGUGUAAGGGAAGUGCGUCGUGGAGAAGUCAAUAUUAUUACUGUAGAAGAUAAAGAAACUCUGCUUGUACAUGAGAAAAAAGAAGCAGUUGACCUUACACAAUAUAUUCUUCAGCAUGUUUUUUAUUUUGAUGAAGUCUUUGGUGAGGCAUGCAGCAAUCAAGAUGUAUACCUGAAGACUGCUCACCCCCUCAUUCAGCAUAUUUUCAACGGAGGCAGUGCCACUUGCUUUGCAUAUGGACAAACAGGGGCGGGGAAAACCUAUACCAUGAUAGGAACUCAUCAAAAUCCAGGAUUGUAUGCUCUGGCUGCCAAAGAUAUCUUCAGGCAGCUGAAAGUAUCCCAGUCAAGAAGGAAUCUCUUUGUGUGGAUCAGCUUCUAUGAGAUCUACUGUGGACAACUUUAUGACCUCCUAAAUAGAAGAAAACGAGAAAGUCAUCCUAUGGAUUUUAUUCUUCAGGUGAUCUUAAAGGGCAGCAAGGAGCGCAGCACAGGGGCCACUGGCGUCAACGCAGACUCCUCCCGCUCCCAUGCUAUCAUCCAAAUUCAGAUCAAAGAUUCAGCCAAGAGGACAUUUGGCAGGAUCUCUUUCAUUGACUUGGCUGGGAGUGAGAGAGCAGCAGAUGCCAGGGACUCAGACAGACAGACAAAGAUGGAAGGCGCCGAGAUCAACCAGAGCCUUCUGGCUCUAAAAGAAUGUAUCCGAGCACUGGACCAGGAACACACCCAUACACCUUUCAGGCAGAGCAAACUGACUCAGGUCCUGAAGGACUCUUUCAUUGGCAAUGCCAAAACUUGCAUGAUCGCCAACAUCUCCCCAAGCCACAUGGCCACAGAGCAUACAUUGAAUACCUUGCGCUACGCUGACCGGGUGAAGGAACUAAAGAAAGGCGUUAAGUGUUGUGCUUCAGCUGCCAGUCAGAAUCAGACAUCUGCAAAUGCCUCUCCAAAAAGAAUUCAGAGCUCCCCUGUCACCCUGCCCGGGGACAAGUGCUCCCCCAAAAAAGUUAAGCUGGGACUUCAGCAGUCACUCACUGUGGCCCCAGGGCCCACAAAAGUUAAAGCCCAUCCUUUGACCAGCCAUGUUCCCAAUGUCCCCUUUGCCUCUGGACCUAAAACCCCUGGUAAAAAGAGUAGUUCCCGAGGGAGUCCCACCCCAGAGUGGGACAUGAAGGCUAGCCCUCGCAGAGGAACCAUGAGAUCUGGCCAUUCGAUCAAAAAGGGAGCAGCGUCGGCACCACUGUGCUCUGAGAAGAGUCAAAUUGGCAUCAAGAUUGCUGUUGGGUGGGAGGGCAGGGCCCCAGGCCCAAGAGAAGGUCUGCUGCGUGUCAGGCUGCCCACGAGAGGGAAGAAGGUGCAGCCAGUGCAGCCAGUGCAGAAACAGCUACUGUCCCGACCUCGGUUCCUGGCUAACAGCCACCACUUAGAAGCCACUCAGGACAGCACGGUGGGCACACCUGCCGGGCUUGACCCCGAAACUUGGACAAACCCCAUUCUACAGCAGAAGGAGAGGGAGGAGCAUUUGCGAUUUUACCAUCAGCAGUUCCAGCAGCCACCGCUCCUCAAGCAGAAGCUAAAAUACCAGCCCCUGCAGAGGCUUUUAUGCCAGCACAGGCCUUCGGAAGGUCGGCUCCAGAGUGAGGCUGGCUUUCCCCUCCACUCUCACCCUGAGAACCACGAUGGAGCCCAGGCUGAGGACCUUGAUGACAGUGACUUCAGUGAGGACUCUUUCUCGCACGUCUCCAGUCAGCCAACCAUAACACAGAGGAGCACCUUGGAAAGGAGUGGAAGCUCCUUCUUCCUUCAUCAGGACAGGGAGCACAGCCCUGAGGAGCAGGCAGCAGAAAGGCAGCAAUGUUUGCUUUUCAGCUCUGAGACGGAUGGUAGUGAGAAGGGGCCAGCUGACAGCUGGGUGUAUUCCAGGGACCCCAUCGUCAGCCACAGAAGAGGAGCACUCAGUCAGAGCCACAGCCCAAGUAUGGUAUGCCCAGACUGGAGCAAGGAGGAAGACCCUGCCUCCUCGGGACCUUCUCCUAAGGACAACCGGGCACAGAAACCUUCCUCUUCACAGGUAGAUGUUUUGCAUCACCAAAAGCCGGGUGAAGCUCAAGUCUUUGACAUCAGACUGGAGGCCUUCAACAGCGAGGUUCCUGAGCAAGCUGAGGGCGGCUUGUCAUCCCUGUCCCUGGAAAAUGGGCUGUCUUUUCCACUGUCCCACGUGGCUGUUUCUGGAUCCCCAGACCAAGGAGACAGAGUCUCCACACCAUUAAGAGAAGUCAGUGAAAACAGAGUGCCUCACACUCCAGGAAGAGUGGAGAGCGGUACCCCUUUCCAGGAAGACGCUAGAGAGCAGAUUCAGAUGUGUUCUGCAAAUGCUUCUGGACUCAUGGCUCCCCUCACUAUGUCCCUCCUGGAGACCCCCAAUCGUGAGGACCUUUCUUCCUUGGAGCAAAUUGCCCAGGAUGGAGCUGGCUAUGGUUUCAUGGCUGAGAUUGUAGGAGGGCCAGCAGCAGGACACACAGUCCCAUCUUAUGAUCAAGAGGCUGCCUUGCCAGUGUCCUCAGCAACUGAGUGCCUGUGGCUAUCCUCAUCUCCCCCUGACAGUCGGCCGAGUGGUGACCUUCCCGCUCUGUCCCCGUCACCCAUCCACCAGCACUCACCUGACAGACUGCCCAGUAGGGAGGCCUGCCAGAACAGAAGGCCAACACUCCUGCCUGAGAAUCAUGUGGGUGGUAAGCCAUAUGAUGACAGUGCUGAAGAGACUGAACUGAGGGGCUCCCUGACAUUCCCAAGAAAGCCCUCCUCCAACAAACAUGCCGGAGUACCCUAUGCUACAACUUUCCUCACCUCAUGUACAGGAAGUAAUGAUGGAGUUGGCCGUCCCUGGGCCCAGGAGAGAAAACAUCCUACAGGGGUUGGCUGGCAGGAGCUUGUUUCCUCUACAGAUUCCAACAAGCCUCAUUACAACGAGGACAUCUCAUGGCUCAGGCGCAAGUCAAUCUCAAGGUGCUUAGAUUCAGAUGCUCCUGUGGUCCCCAGCUGUUCUUCCAUGGCCUUGGGGACAUACUGUCCACUUACACAGAAGCAGGCACAGCAGGUGAUCAUCCGUGCACACAAAGAACAGCUGGAUGAAAUGGCUGAGCUGGACUUCAAAGAGGAGACCUUAAUGACCCAGAUGGAUUCUAAUGAUUUUGAAGAUUUUGUGACCCAGCUGGAUGAAAUCAUGGUUCUGAAGUCCAAGUGCAUCCAAAGUCUGAGAAGCCAGCUACAGCUCUACCUCACCAGCCACAGGCCACCUGCAGCCCCUGAAAGAACUGUGGUGUCUUAGAGCGAGUCUCACCCUGGGUGAACACUGCUGUGCGCUCUGGGGCUGGAAGAGGCUCUGCCAGGACCUUCCUGCAAACAACCCCUCCCCGUGCUGCCCCUAGGGUCAACCUAGCUAGACAUGACCUUGGAUGACCCCACCACUCAGGAACAGACCUUAUCUCAAUUCCAACUACAAGGCCACCUGUAACAAAGUACUAGGCUGAAAACCUUCAUGUCCCCUUUUAUUUGGGGCUCAGAGUAGUCACUUUGCCAACCUGUAUCUGUAGGGACAUAUUUGGUCUAUUAACUUUGUAGAUGUCCUAAAUUUGAGGAUGAGACUGGGAUGUUUAAUGUUAACUUGGACAUUGGUGGUCAGAGGUUAGGGAGCACAAGUUGAGCCCACAGCCUUACUGCUGACAGUGCCUUUCUGUCUUCAAAGACACUGGUACCAGCCAGGCAGUCAGGUGAGCUCCUUCCCAGCAGGGAAUGAGAUUUAGUUUUGGAAAUUAUAAAAUGAACAGCUCUUGAUAUCUUUCUUAAGAGCACCUGAGGCUCAGGGCAUGCUUUAUGUUUAGUUUCCUUCCCUGCAAUCCAGCUUUGAGGGUGCCAACAGCAGCACGUUUUUCUCAUUAAUUUUUUUUGCUAAAACAGCAGGCCCAUGGACAGUGGCUGCCAGCCCUCAUAGUUCUCGUGGCAGAUCCUAGCUCCUGUCUAUGACUCCUCAUUCCAGUGCCUCUGAAUGGUUAGACAGGCUGGGGGAUCUCAGGCAAGUCCAUUGCCAAGGCUUGACUCCUGCAAGGUACCCAGGCCAGCAAGACUCAAGGGCCUUUGCUAUGGGUGUCUCGGGACUGUGUCAGCAGUCUGAACCUUCUGACACAGCAACAGACAGACACAACUCUUCAAAUGAGUUCUUACUGUAUGACUGUGUGUGCGGGACAGAGGUUACCAGGUACCCUCAAACCAUUCUCUACCUUAUUUUUGAAGCAAGUGUCUCACUGUAGAUCUACCCAGACUGAUUAGCCAACAAGUCCCAAAUUCUUGUCUCUCCCUUCCCCUACUCACAGACCACUGCUCCGGGCUUUUUUGAGACAGGGUCUCUCUAUGCAGUCCUGGAGUUCUCUAUGUAGACCAGCUCACGGAGUCCUCCUGCCUCCCAAGUGCUAGGAUUAAAGAUGUAGCGUACACCAUUAUAACCAGCUACUCCAGGCUUUCUACUCAGUUCUUAUGCUUGUACCACACACACAUUACUGACUGAACCAUCUUCCUAUCUCUUGUAUCACCUUUUUAACAGAGAGAGCCUCAAGGGAAAUAGCCUCCAAGAAUCCGUUAGUUUCAUGGGUCUCCCUGAGUUAACCUGAGAUUCAUGUAUCACAGCCUGGGCCCUGAAGCCAUUACCACAUACAUUUAAGAACUCUCUAUAGUUUUAGGAUGUUACAUCUAAAAAGCCAAGAUAAGCCAGGUGUGACGCUGUUCAUGUGUAAUCCCAGCAUCUAAGGCAGAAUGAGGGCUAAAUUCAAAGACAACCUGGACGAUAGUGAGGUCUGGCUCUAUGAAAGAGCUGAAAGGCUUAACAGUCUGCCAGCCACAGGCAGUGCUUGAGCUGACCACCAGAUGGCAGCCUGUUCCUAGCUUAAGACUGUAUAGCCUCUCAC